AUGAGUCCUUCAAAUAAACCCAUCAUCUUGAUGAUUCACGGCGGAUGGCACUAUCCUAAGUGCUAUGAUCCUUUCUUGGAUCGAUUAAGAGCCCGGGGAUACACGGUUCUUUGCCCCGUCUUGCCAACACUGGGCCCGAACACGCAUGGCAAAACCCCUGCAGAUGAUGUUGCCCACAUUCGCGAGGUGGUUCUGCCACUGUUUGACGCGGGAGAAGAAGUUGUCAUAAUCGGGCACUCUUACGGCGGCAUUCCUGCCUGUGCAUCCACCGAAGGUCUUGGAGUAGACGAGCGAGCCAAGGAAGGAAAGCGGGGUGGUUUCCGCUCCAUCAUAUAUCUGGCAGCCUUUGCCAUUCCGCAGCGAGGAAUGGAUCUCUUGACGACAUUUGGCGGUUCUUGGGGCGUGUGGCAAAAUGCCACCAAGCCAUACACGAGGAAUCAAUUGAUCUCUGUAAAUGAGAAUGCGAAGCAUGCAUUCUUCAACGACAUGACGCAAGAAGAAGCUCAAAAGUGGUUUGACACACUGGUGCCUCACUCACAGGACGCCUUCGAAACUGGCGUCAAUUUUGUUGCGGCGGAUCUCACUAUUCCGAAGGCAUAUGUGAUUUGUGAAUUAGACCAGGCUAUACCGAAAGAAGUUCAGGAGCGACUUGCGGCAAGCAUCCCAGGUUUUAGGGUUGAGAGAUUGAAUGCAGGUCAUAGUCCAUUCCUGAGCCAACCGGAGGAAUGUGCUCAAUGUACUCUCAGAAUUAUCGAGAACCCUUAG